GUGAGAGUUGCAGCCAGCCAUCUCUCGAGUACACUUUCUUAUAUUAUUCUGUACGCUAUAUUGUAUACUACCACUACUACAAUCUAUACUCGUCUUGUAUUCGGUGUUUUUACGCUCACACCAAAUCUGCGAACCCUUAGUGUGAGGAUCAGUAAUACAACGUCGUACAGUGCUUGUUUCCGAUCAGCCACAUUCGGUCGCAGCAGUCUCGCAGUGCACUCUUGGGCGCCAACAACAACAACAACAACAACAACAUACACAAACAAUCCGAACUUACACAGAUUUCAUUUUAGCCACACAUCGUUGUUACGAUAAAAAUUAUACUUCACUGCCGUAACGCGUGAUAAUAAUUAUUAUUCGUCUUUUAUAUGGCAACCAUCUGACCAAAAUUGUAGAGGUUUAACGUUUUGCGAUUAUAUCCUUUAUUGUGUUCACUGAAUCCCGGUGAAUGGCAUCGGCGACGACAAAGAAGAAUCAACGGUAUCUGUCGAGGCAGGAUUUUUCAGGAUGAUCUUUAAGACUGUCAAAUCGUACAAGACCGUACAAUGUCAUCGUGAAGUGACAUCCGGUUCGAUGCGCGACUACGAAGGUGACGGUGACGUCGAUACGACAAUGAUGAAGAAAAAAAACAGUGAUGGUCAAUAUCACAACUGCGCACCAACGCUACUACGGGUGACUGCAGCAAUGGCGGCAAUACUGUUGGUGAGUUGCAGCUGUGCAGCAAACGCGGAACCUGUGGCCCCUGUCCAAGUGGCCGCCGCUGUGGCCACAGCCACCGGAACGGUUGAAGUUGCGGCGCGAUCGGUCGAAGACCCUGCCGACGCUGUAGAUCCAUCACCUGCAGCGGGGGCGCUUUCGCAACCACCCCAACCGCAACAGACAGCUAGCGAAUCGGACGAAUCUCGAUCUUCCCCGACCACCCAGACCGCGGUGACGGAAAACGGCGAAUCCCAAAACAAGUUGCAGCUGAUCAAUGAUAAUAAUGAUCAACAAGACGAAAAGCAUCGGCAACAGCAACAGCAAUUGCUGUUAGCCCCGUUGCUGAUGCCACCCACUCAAAUGUCCACGGUGUGGCCUUCCCAGUCGUCACAGCAGCAGCCGAUGGCCGUCGACGUAAUACCUGCGCUGUCAUCUUUUGUUGGAAGAGAACGUACCGAGGUGGAAAUCGUAUCCGUGCCCAGUGCAUCGGAACAACACCUCGUCAAUUCACCCUUAAGUCAAUCUCAACCGGAAUACAAUUAUAUAUCCGAAGGAAGUUUACAGCCAGAAUCAGAUCUACAACAACCCGAACCGGAGCUACGACAACCUGAACAGGAGCUAAGGCAACCGGAAUCAAAUGAGCAACCGUCCGAACCCAGCUCGGAACAACUGCAACAACCGUCAUCAAUCCAACAGAUACAGCAGCAGCUUCAGACCGUUGCCACAGCUCCCGCACUCUCCGAUCAACAACUGCAGCUUUCUUACUUGUACAACAAUAACAACAAUAACGUCUUCGCCAUCAAAAACAACGACGAUGACGAUCAGCUGCAGCAGCAAUAUUCGUAUCACUACUACUACCAACAUAACCUUGCACAACACCAGCAACAACAACAGCAACAACAACAACAGCAGCAGCAACAACAACAGCAACAACAACAACAACAACAACAACAACAGCAACAACAGCAACAGCAACAACAACAACAAUUACAACUACAGCAACAUCAGCAACUUAACAGCAACAUGGCGGCCGUGUACUCGCCGCUGCCCUUGCAGUACGGCGGUGGUCAGUUCUACUACCACAACAAUUUCGGUGGUGUCGGAAAGUAUCCGUCGCUGCAACAACCUAACUACUAUUAUCGCGCCAGGGACGGUGGCAGACCACCUGCGAGACGCAACAGCAGAACUCAACCGCAGUCAGCGUACGACAACAACAACGGCGGUGGUGGUAAUUUUUACGGUCACCACCCGCUGCCGCAGCAUCAGCAACAAAAACAACCGCCACUGGAAUACGGCGGCGGUGGCGGCGAAAGUGACAACGUGAUCGGGAUCAAAUACGACCAAGAUCAGACGGCCGGCGCCGCAGGCAAGCAGCACCAACCGGUACCGCCGUUCCGGCCCAGCCAUCCGGUGUGGGCGUCCCAAUAUCCGGUGCCGUGGACGUACUAUGUCAAAUCGUCGAUGGUGCAACCGGGACGGACGGCGCCGUUUUACGCGCAGCACAACAACUACUACGGUGGCGGCCGGAAAUCGCGGUACGUACUACAACAGUCGGCCGGCGCCGUGUCCAACAGGGUCGGCGGCGGGUAUUCGCCGGCUAAGCCGCCACGCACCAAGGUCGUUUACAUCGAGUACGGUGGUUUCAAACCGAAAAUGGUGCCGUCCGUGCAGAUCUCGGCCGCCGAGGACUACGACGGAAACCGCCGUCAAUUGACUGUGCUCGACGGCGGGGUUGCGAGCGACGUCACCGCGCAGGACGUCGGCCAACGCGAUAACACUGUAGCCGCGUCCACCGCGGCCGCGGCCGAUUCCACCACUGCCCCGGUGGCCGCCACGAUUGCGACGACGACGGCGGCGACGGCGUCUGCUACGAUCACGACGACCACGACAGGGACGAUUCCAAGCACGGCUACGAUUGCAUCGAUACCGCGACACCAAUCGCAACAACAACCGGUGCCGGAACGACAGCCUCCCGCCGCUGCCGCCGCAGCCGCCGGCGUCGUCGUGGUAGUCGUCUGAGUCGACCC